AUUUGACGUCGUUUCCGUCGACAUAGACACAGACAGGAAGGUUGCAUUUGGCGACGUGGAAGUGACUAGUCGUCUGUUGUGAGGCUGUACACCAACCACACUGAUCCACAAACAUUCCGUAACAAUGAUAAAGAAAUUUGACAAGAAGGACGAAGAGUCUGGAAGUGGCUCUAACCCUUUCCAGCAUCUUGAAAAGAGUGCAGUGUUGCAAGAGGCUCGCAUCUUCAACGAGACUCCGAUCAACCCCAGAAGAUGUCUCCACAUCCUCACCAAGAUCAUUUACCUACUCAACCAGGGGGAGCACUUUGGAACUAUGGAGGCGACCGAGGCCUUCUUCGCAAUGACCAGGCUCUUCCAGUCCAAUGAUCAAACCCUGAGAAGGAUGUGCUACCUGACCAUCAAGGAGAUGGCCAACAUCUCUGAGGAUGUCAUCAUUGUCACCAGCAGCCUGACCAAGGACAUGACUGGCAAGGAGGAUGUGUACAGAGGACCUGCCAUCAGAGCUCUCUGCAGGAUCACGGAUACCACCAUGCUGCAGGCCAUUGAGAGAUACAUGAAACAGGCCAUCGUUGACAAAGUGCCCAGUGUGUCCAGCUCUGCCCUGGUCUCAUCUCUGCACAUGGUUAAGAUGAGCUACGACGUGGUGAAGCGCUGGGUGAACGAGGCACAGGAGGCAGCUUCCAGUGACAACAUCAUGGUGCAGUACCACGCCCUGGGCCUGCUGUACCACCUGAGGAAGAAUGACCGACUGGCCGUAUCCAAGAUGCUCAACAAGUUCACCAAGUCUGGCCUCAAGUCCCCCUUUGCCUACUGCAUGCUCAUCCGCAUCGCCAGCAAGCUGUUGGAGGAGACCGAGGCAGGACAUGACAGUCCCCUGUUUGACUUCAUUGAGAGCUGUCUGAGGAACAAGCAUGAGAUGGUGGUGUACGAGGCAGCCUCGGCCAUAGUCCACAUGCCCAACUGUACUGCCAGAGAGCUGGCCCCUGCUGUCUCUGUCCUGCAGCUGUUCUGCAGCUCUCCCAAAGCAGCCCUGAGAUACGCUGCUGUCAGGACCCUCAACAAGGUGGCGAUGAAGCACCCGUCAGCGGUGACUGCGUGCAACCUGGACCUGGAGAACCUGAUCACGGACUCGAACCGCAGCAUCGCCACGCUGGCCAUCACCACGCUGCUGAAGACGGGCAGCGAGAGCAGUGUGGACCGCCUCAUGAAACAGAUCUCCUCCUUCGUCUCUGAGAUCUCUGACGAGUUCAAGGUGGUGGUUGUGCAGGCCAUCAGUGCCUUGUGUCAGAAGUAUCCCAGAAAGCACAGCGUCAUGAUGAACUUCCUGUCCAACAUGCUCCGAGACGACGGUGGCUUUGAGUACAAGCGGGCCAUCGUGGACUGCAUCAUCAGCAUCAUCGAGGAGAACCCAGAGAGCAAGGAGACUGGGCUGGCCCACCUGUGUGAGUUUAUCGAGGACUGUGAGCACACGGUGCUGGCCACCAAGAUCCUCCACCUACUGGGCAAGGAGGGCCCGCGCACACCCUCGCCAUCCAAGUACAUCCGCUUCAUCUUCAACCGCGUGGUGCUGGAGAGCGAGGCCGUCAGAGCCGCUGCGGUCAGUGCUCUGGCUAAGUUUGGAGCCCAGAAUGAUGACCUUCUCCCCAGUGUGUUAGUCCUGAUGCAGAGGUGUAUGAUGGACAGUGAUGACGAGGUGAGGGACAGAGCCACCUUCUACAUGAACGUGCUGCAGCAGAAGCAGAAAGCCCUCAAUGCUGCCUACAUUUUCAACGGUCUGUCGGUGUCUGUCCCGGGUCUGGAGAAGUCCCUCCACCAGUACACCCUGGAGCCCACAGAGAAGCCCUUCGAUAUGAAGUCGGUUCCCCUGGCCAACACACCCAUCACAGAGCAGAAGACAGAAUUCGCUCCUGUGGCCACUAGCAAGCUUCCAGAGAAACCAGGCCCGACGCGCCAAGACAUCUACCAGGAACAACUGGCAGCCAUUCCAGAAUUCCAGGGCCUGGGUUCUCUCUUCAAGACGUCGGAGGCGGUGCAGCUGACCGAGGCGGAGACUGAGUAUGUGGUGCGCUGUGUCAAGCACACCUUCGCCAGACACAUGGUGUUUCAGUUCGACUGCACCAACACGCUCAAUGACCAGCUCCUGCAGAAGGUUAUGGUUCAGAUGGAGCCGUCGGAGGCCUACGAGGUUCUCCACUACGUCCCUGCUGCUAACCUGCCCUACAGCCAGCCUGGCUCCUGCUACAGCCUGGUCAGACUGCCUGAAGAUGACCCCACCGCAGUGUCCUGUACGUUCAGCUGUACUCUGAAGUACCUGGUGAAAGACUGCGACCCCAACACAGGAGAGCCAGAUGACGACGGUUACGAUGACGAAUAUGUGCUGGAAGACUUGGAGGUGACUGUAGCAGACCACAUCCAGAAGGUGUUGAAGCCUAACUUUGCCGCAGCCUGGGACGAGGUGGGAGACGACUUUGAGAAGGAGGAGACGUUCGCCCUGGCCUCUGUCAGAACGUUAGACGAGGCUGUUGGUAACAUCAUCAGUUUCCUGGGCAUGCAGCCCUGUGAGCGUUCAGACAAGGUCCCAGAAAACAAGAACUCACACAUCCUCUUCCUUGCCGGUGUGUUCCGGGGGGGUCAUGACGUGCUGGUUCGCUCACGCCUGGCCCUGGCCGACGGUGUCACUAUGCAGGUGACGGUCCGCAGCUCGGAUGAGACUGUUGUUGACAUCAUCCUAGCCUCCGUGGGCUAGAGGGCGCCAGCGGGCCUGUUCACCAACAGGCUGUGUUAAUACAAUGGCAUAUUCUGAUUGUUUUGUCUACUUUUCCCCCUUUCACAAUAUUCUCUUUGCUAUGUCCUCCACUGCUUUAUGUUGUUGGAAUGUGUCUUGUGUUUUUGGGUAGUCUGAGAUGGAUACAUUAUGGUGAGGUGUGUACUACUGGCACCCUUCAACACAACUCAUCUCUGUAGACUGGCCCCAGAUCUGUUUGUGCUGUAUAACCAACUCCAAUGGUCAUUCGUAGGUGUUUGCAAGGCAACACAAACAGAUCUGGGACCAGGCUAGUGUCAUUAAUGGCCCACGUUUUAUCAAAUCUAUUAAAUGUUGACCAUGGAAAUACUGAA